GGCAGUGCAGUUUUACACUGCGUUUGUGUCACGGCUACACGCAUUGGGCUUCAUAAGUGUUUGGUUGUGCAGCCCAUUGUGUUUCAGCCAACACACAGCAUAACCACGUUCCAGCCCACGUUCUAACCCACAACGCAGAUCUAAGACACUCUGAAUCUCCAUUCUCGUGACUCGACGAAGACGAUCUCCCCUCGCAACCUCCACGGCAUCCGCUGCUACGACUGAGCAUCACUACGGGAUUCGCGAAUCAGGUAUGGCUUACUCUUCGUCACCCUCUGUUCCUCACUCUCGUCAAAUAUCUGCGUGUUGCAUUCAAUUUUACUCCCUUUUCUCUCCUACGUGACGGAGAUCCACUGCUCUCCACAUCCCUCUGAUAAUUGCAACUUCCCUUUCUUUAUGAAUUUAUUUACACUUUAUUGUGCUUUAAAGACAUCCAUCUCACCAACCCAGGUAAUGUAGAUGGCUUUUUUCAAUUUGUUUACGACACAAUUAUGUUUGUCUUCUUUUAUGAUAAUGAAAGUCCUUCCAACUUUACAGUUGUAGGAGUGACUGGGUGAUUGAAAAUUAUUUAAUUGGAAGGAAUUUUGUAGUUGGUUGUGGGACUGGAAUGAUAGAGAGCAUAUUUGAGUAGGGCCUAAAAUAAAAUUUUGGUAAUGUAGACGGCUUUUUUCAAUUUGUUUACGACACAAUUCUGUUUGUCUUCUUUUAUGAUACUGAAAGUCCUUCCAACUUUACAGUUGUAGGAGUGACUGGGUGAUUGAAAAUUAUUUAAUUGGAAGGAAUUUUGUAGUUGGUUGUGGGACUGGAAUGAUAGAGAGCAUACUUGAGUAGGGCCUAAAAUAAAAAUUUUGUUGAGGUCUAGUGAAAUCUGGCAGAAUCUCUGUGUUUCAGUCUCUUAGAUUGUGCUCCGCCAUUAGGCUGGAACAGGAGAAUAUGAGUCAUACCACACCUCCUGCACCAUCAACCCCUGUACCAGACAAGGCCAAUUGGGACUCUGCCCAAACCAAAGUGUUUGUUGAUCUUUGUGUCGAACAAGUAAAUGAAGGACGUAGACCUGGUUCACACUUCACCAAAGAAGGUUGGCAGAAGAUAGCUGCUGGAUUUUUUGAGAAAACAGGGAAGCGAUAUGAUCAGCCACAAUUCAAGAACAAAUGGGACAAUCUGAAGAAGGAUUACAAAUUGUGGAAGAAAUUGCGCCUUCAUGACACUGGGACUGGAUGGGACAAUGUCCGUAACACCAUUCUUGCUGACAAUGACUGGUGGGAGAGAAGAAUUAAGGAAGACAAGAAGGUUGCAAAGUUUCGAAUCCAGGGACCAGAAAACCUUGAGCAAUUGGAGGCACUAUUUGACGGUCAAUUUGCCACUGGUGAAUUUGCAAUGUUUGCAGGUGCAUCAAACCAAAAUCCAGUCCAAACUAAUGAAGAAUUGCUAAGGACCAGCACUGGUGACAAUGUGCAUUCUAUCCAUCUCGGCUCUGAUUCUUCCAGUGAUCAAGAGUUUGACGUAAACAUUGAGCAGAGUAAUGAAGUGACUAGCUCCCCCACACUGACACCUCGUCAAGUUAAGAGGAGGUCAAGCAAAUCAGGGACACGUGGGAAGAAGAAGCGUAGGGCAUCCGCGUCUGAUUAUCGCGAAGACAUUAGCAAGUCCUUAGGCAAUCUUGUGUCAGCAGUGAGCAGUCGGACAAAUGCAAUUGCCAGUCCCCCUAUUUCAUCUACAAAAGCUGAAAUAGCUGAGUGUAUGAGAAUUUUGGAGGAAAUUCCAGAGACUGCCGAGAUGGGAGAUUUGCUAUUGUUUGCUCUCAAGUUGUUUCAGAACAAAGAUCAUCGUGAGUACUUCACUGCAAUGUUACGCAGGGACUGGCAGCUUGCGUGGUUAAAGAUGAUGUACGCGGACGUAACGGGGGGUGGGGCAGGAGGCAGCACCUGAAGAAUUUUAAAUUUUUUUUUAUCAUUUUCACUUAGUAUAUGUUUAGACUGUUAUAUGAUUUAAAUUCGGGACAUUAUUGAUAACAUGGAUGAUUUUAAUUGUAGUUGUUAUGUUUAUUUGUGAUUGUACUUAAGU